AGAUGCAGAUGUACAGUUGAGUCUUGUCCUGUGGAGGUGGCUCUUCUAUGUUGUGGCUGUUUGGAGUCUCCAGUGUAGUCUGAGCACUCCUCGCUGCUCUGCACAGCUACGUUGUUGAGUUUGUCUUUGUGAUGAACCAGUUUGUGUCUUUGUGUGUUGCUGGGUCAGAAGUACACUGGCAUGUCGUGCUUGGAGAAGACUCUCCUGAGUGUCUCUGAUAAACCUGCUACAUCAGUGAUCACAACGAUGUUCUGUUUCUCCAUAGUUGGUGUCUGAUCUUCUUUACUGGGGAUCGUUUUUUCUAAUCCACUCUGAUAACCUUGCUACAGUCUGUUACUGUUAUUAAUACUUUACUUUCACUUUGUUUCAUAGCUUUUGAAACGUCUUGCCCCAGCUUAGUUUUUCCUAAAUUGUAACUUGUGUCCUCACGCUGAUGUGAAACAGGAAGUGGUUUAUGCUGAGCAGGUCUGCACACAGAGGGGCAGACGGGCGCAGGAGUGCUGCCUCUCACUCAUAUGUGGAGACUGAAGUGGGGCCGGUCCCGAGGGUGACGGCUGUUAUUGGUGGCCCGGUACAGCAGAGGAGUGAGCCCUCGCGCUGUCACAGAGGAUCUCUGUGUGCACAGCGCUGCAGCACACAUGAAAGUUGGAGCUGCACGGUGAAGUUUCGCAGAAUCACAUGGGAGGAGGCUUCAUCACAGCUCCGGCUCAUCAGACGGCUGCUGGUGACUUUCUACACUUUUCUUCAGGUGGUAGAGCAGAUCAGCUACUGAUCGGAAGGAUUAGUUUGUAGAAGCUGAGCUUGGAAUCAUGAAGGAUCAGAACUUAAACAAGGAUGUGAUGAAGAUCCUGGAAGAAGCUCCUAAUGCCAGAAAAGCUCUGAGGGAAAACUAUGACAAUCUGCUCAAUGUGGCCGACUACUGCUACAACAACUACAUACAGGCUGGUGAGGGCAGUGUGAAGGCAUUGGAAGAAACUAAAAAGUUCACCACCCAAUCACUGGCCAGUGUUGCUUACCAGAUAAGCACUCUGGCCAGUAGCGUCCUGAGUCUACUUGAUGCCCAGACCAAUCAGCUUCGCCACAUGGAGUCGUCUAUCAACCUGAUUGGUCAGACCGUGGACAUGCACAAGGAGAAGGUUUUCAGGAGGGAGAUUGGCGUGUUCACGGCAGUGAGACGAGUCCCGCGCAGCCACAAGAUCCUCCCUCCCACCAGCAUGCAGCCACGCCCAUCAUACAGCCGCAAGCCAAUCAACUACCAGCAGCUGGACAGUCUGGGCCACGGCAUGAAGGUCUCUGGGAAACAGUCGGACAAAACCGGAACGAUCCGCAAACACGGCGCCUCCAUCAGGUCCAACAAAGCUCCAGAGGCAGUCCAGUGCCCCGUGGUGCCCCCUGCUGGCGGCUCCAGCUUUGGGAAACCUGUAGCUCCACCCACCAUCCCCACCACCUGGCAGGCACCGCCUGAGGCUGACAUCAUCACCACGCUGCUGGACGAUGCCCCACCCCCUCCUCCUGCUCUCAUUGAGAUGCCAGUUCCAGACGGUGCCUUGGCCUUGCCUCCCCACCUCCUCUUCCUGGUUCAUCGGGAGAUAUAUUAUGUGGUUGGUUUGGUGGUGGAAGAGAACAGUUUUCCCUGUGCCUCUCUGCCUCCUCCUCUUCCUCUUUCUGAAGACUACGGCUUUCCUCCGUUGCCCGGUGACACCGCAGACCUCCUGGCCCCACCCCCUCCACCUCCACCUGACCAGGAGAUAGACGUGACCCUCCCAUCCAGGAGGAGUCGCCGCCGUCGCUCACCCCCGACCACUCGCUCUCUCUCUCUGAGGGUCCGCUCAGGCCCUGCCUCUCGCUGCCGCUAUACUCGCUCUCUGUUCCUGCCUACUGUCCAAUCACUCAUGAUUCCCCCGCCUCCCCCCUAUCCUCCCCCCUGUGCUCCGCCUCGUCUUUCCUCCUCUUCAGCUCGAUUCUGCUUACCUGCUCGUCUCGAACACCUGGAUCUGGAGAUCCCAGCCCCACCUCCUCCGCUCUCAUUGGAUGAUAUGGCAGGGUUUGAUGACAUACCGCCCCUCCCACCUCCGGUGGAUUAUGACACCAACGCCCCUCCAGAUUACAUUGAGAAAGUGAGGGCGCUGUACAGCUAUGAGGCUGUGAAGCUCGAUGAGCUGUCCUUCACCGAGGGCGACAUCAUCUACCUGACUCAGCGCCAUGACGACGGCUGGUAUCAGGGCAUCCUGAACGGCAGACAGGGCUACUUCCCUGAGAACUAUGUUGAAUCGUGUGGCUAAAUGAAGCCCCGCCCCCUCAUGUUUAACAGCCCCACUGUAGUGUCCACUGAAUGAUUGUUGAUGUAGGGUAACUUGUUGCACACCUCGGAUCAGGUAGACUUCUGUGUUCUUAGCUUCUGAUUGGUUUCCCCACACCUGACUCAUUAACCCUUUGAGCGCUCGUAUAAAUCCUGUGAUUAAUGAAAUAAAGUUUUUUUCUCAAAGCA